GCCAGAAAGCUGCUGCUGACUUGGAGACUGAUGACUGUAUGUUUAAAAUCUGGCAUUCGCGCCGCCCUCAGCCUACAGGACAGGACUGUAACCGCUAUCCUUCAUUUUCUCUCCGAGCUCACAGCUGUAUGUGCUGCCAGAUGAUUUCUCUGAGGCGGGGAGGGGAGUUCCGGGGCCGGUUGUGUGUCAGGACGGCGGGAUGAAGGCGCCGCGGGCUCCUUUUUUCCCUCCGAGUAUCCGUGAGGACGUGCGUGAAGCCCGGCCCACCGUCUCCUGAACCCCGCUGCGCUGCCGCACCGCAGCCGCCGCUCGGCUGGAUUUGCCGGUUCUCUCGCAUUCAUCCGCCCGCCCGGCAGCUCCGGGUACGCAGCCGGGUCCUUCUGAGGCGUCGCGGCAGACACAAAGGGAGCCGCUUCACUUUUUUCCCCGUUUCUAAGGUGACCGCCCGCCCUCAGCAGCGCUCCGCCCGCCGCCGGCUCUGCCUGUGGAGGCUGCAGUCGAACCCGCUUCGCCGAGCUCGCGCUCAGAUGGACUAUCGAUAAGUUUCUGAUCAGAUUUGGUGGCGGUUGCGUCAGAAGCCCGGACCGCUGGAUGGUUCCAGCGAUGCCUGCUGAGAUUUCCCUGCCGUGAUACAGACAGCUCACCCGGAGCCCCGGCGGCUGCCCGCACGUCGCUUUUAUGCAGAGCCUUUGCAGGGUCAAGAUGCAGCUCCGGACUGUGCUGGACGUGAAAGUCGUGGACGUGGAGAAGAGGCGCAGUCCGUCCAAGCACUACGUGUAUCUCAUCAAUGUCACCUACUCAGACAACACCUCCCAUAUCAUCUACAGAAGAUACAGCAAAUUCUUUGACCUACAGAUGCAGAUACUCGACAAGUUCCCAAUCGAGGGAGGGCAAAAAGACCCGAAGAAGAGGAUCAUCCCAUUUCUCCCAGGCAAAAUCCUGUUCCGGAGGAGUCAUGUGCGAGACGUGGCCAUGAAGCGGCUGCGUUUCAUCGACGACUACUGCAGGGCCCUGGUGCGACUCCCCCCUCAGAUUUCUCAGAGCGAAGAGGUGCUGCGCUUCUUUGAGACGAAGGCUGAGGACAUCAACCCCCCCGUGGAGGACUAUGGCUCCAAGCGCAAGUCGGUGUGGAUGUACGGCUUUACAGACAGUCCGAGGAAAGAGGCCUCAGGGAUUGACAGCUCGGAGCCCAUGGUGCUGGAGCAGUACGUGGCCGUGGCCAACUACGAGAGGCAGGAGAACUCGGAGAUCAGCCUCAAGGCCGGCGAGACGGUGGACGUGAUCGAGAAGAGCGAAAGUGGCUGGUGGUUUGUCAGCACGGCAGAGGAGCAGGGCUGGGUCCCGGCAACGUACCUGGACUCGCAAAAUGGAACCAGAGAUGAUUUGGAUUUGGGCACUUCCAGGACCGGAGAAGUUACUAAGAGACGCAAAGCCCACCUGAAGAGGCUGGACCGCCGCUGGACCCUCGGUGGUAUCGUUAACCGCCAGCAGAGCAGAGAGGAGAAAUAUGUGACGAUACAGCCGUAUGCCAGUCAAGGAAAAGAUGAGGUGAGCUUUGAGAAAGGGGUCACCGUGGAGGUCAUCCAGAAGAACCUGGAGGGCUGGUGGUACAUCAGAUAUUUAGGGAAAGAGGGCUGGGCCCCAGCCUCCUACUUGAAGAAAAUUAAGGAGGAUUUCUCCCCACGUAAGAAGACCCUGACGGGCCCCGUGGAGAUCAUCGGAAACAUCAUGGAGAUCAGCAACCUGCUGCAGAAGAAGUCUGUUAGCGAGAAGGACAUCCAGACAGACGGAGAGGGCAGCACCACACCGGAGCGCCACAUCUCCAAGAGCGAGAUCAGCCUGCCCAUGCCCUCUGAGAUCAACGCGGCGACCGGCCGCAGGCUGAGCGCCGGCCGUGACACCAACAGCCCGUGUCUGGGAAUAGCAGCGAGCGCUGCCCUGAGUGAGAAUAAAGCGAGAGGCGAGCCGGGGUCCCCAGCUGUGGCCAGGGUGGCGCCACACAGAGUGGAAAUUGGGUCUCCCAAUCUGCGGCAAAAACCUCCCCCGAGACGGGACGCCAACCUGGGUUUCCAGUUACCCAAGCCACCAGAGCCCCCUGCUGUGGAAGCAGAGUAUUACACUAUAGCAGAUUUCCAGUCCUCAAUCUCUGAUGGCAUCAGUUUCCGUGGAGGACAAAAGGCUGAUGUAAUAGAGAAGAAUCCCGGAGGCUGGUGGUACGUGCAGAUUGGAGAGACGGAGGGCUGGGCCCCCUGCUCCUACAUCGACAAGCGCAAAAAGCCCAACCUCAGCCGUAGGUCCAGCACGCUGACCCGCCCCAAAGUCCCUCCCCCAGCUCCACCUGUCAAAAAACACGAAUCUGAGGAGGUUCCACCUCCUGCUAACUCUUCUUCCAAAGCCACGGAGACGCCCAGCAGGCCUGUGUACGAAGAGCCUGAAUAUGAUGUGCCUGCAGUUGGAUGCGACGGUGAGCCUGAACCUGACUCUCUGAAGGACGAGCGCUCCCUCGACGUAAAGAUCAACAGUGUGGUUGGCGACAAGUACAGCAGCUCCCCUCCUUCCUGCAAGGCCUCCCCUCCUGUCUGCAAGGCGUCUCCUGUCUUCACCCAUCGAAGAACCUCCUUCAGGUCUGUAGAGGAGGUUGCUAAGGAGGAGUGUAUCUACGAGAAUGAUGGCUUCAGACCAAGCAGUGGCAUUGAAGGAGCCUUAAAUAAAGGUUCCAGUGAGCCCAGCUCCCCACGGAGCUACCAUUCCUCCACAGUCCCGAGAAAACCCUCUGGAUCUUCUCCUUUACCUGGCAGACCCAUGAAAACCAUGACACCAGAGAUGAGUCGGAGAAGCCAGACCCUGGGCAGACACAUAGAUAUCAGCUUCAGGUCCCAGGAUAACAGCCCCCACUCAUCAUCAGAUGAACUGAGCAGAGGCCCUAAGAAAGGCCCUGUCUUCAACCGGGAUGUGGAGCAGAGAAUAGGCCAGAGUCCCUCCACCAGGCCCAAGCCUUCCGUCAGACCCAAGCCCCUUCUGACCAAAUCAGAGCCCCAGAGUCCUGAGAGGAUGGACAUCACCUCUCUGAGACGGCAGCUGAGGCCUACUAAUCAGUUCAGACAUAGCCUCAAACCAUCUCGUGGGGAGGACUCUGAAACGGCUUCUAUUAUAUCUUCAGAGGACUCGAUGUGUUCGCGCAGUACCUCGGAUCUCUCUUCUGUUUACUCCAAAGGAAGCCGUGGUGACUCGGACGUGGAAGGCCCCACUCUCUACCGUUCAGUGGAUGCCUAUAAGAAGGUCCAGGACUCUGAGAUCAGUUUUCCAGCUGGAGCUGAGGUCGAGGUUUUGGAGAAACAGGAGAGUGGUUGGUGGUACAUCCGUUGGGGCUCUGAAGAAGGCUGGGCUCCCUCAUACUACCUGGAACCUGUUAGACAAGUGGGCGAUGCGGGUGGGUUAGAUGGACAUGGGAGCGGUGGGAGUAAGUCCAACAGCCUGGAGAAAAAUGAGCAGCAUGUUUUGGCCCUCAAUAACAUAAAUAUUCAGGGCCUGGCCCAGCAGCAUCACGGCUUGAGGAGGAGCUCUCCACCGAUUCCUUCCAAGCCUCCCGGUGGCUUCUCUAAACCAUCCGGGAUGGUUAAUGGAGGCGUAAGGAUGAGGAACGGGGUACGCCAGGUGGCGGUGAGGCCUCAGUCUGUAUUUGUCACCACGACGCAGCCAGCCAAGGACACACACUACACGACCGGGUCCUUGAGAAGAAAUGAGUCACUUGGCAGGAGUGAUCACUACGGUUCUGGUUCUGCAACUCUUGGAGUUCGCCGAAAUGCCUCAUUCAGCACCGUGCGGCCACAUGUAGUUGUUGAAAGCCAAACGAGGCCCGCUGAACGCUCUAGUCUGGGGUCUUCGGGGAGCGCGUUCAGCACAAGCAAUGUCCAAGAUGCCCUGAGCAGAGUUAACCAACGCAACGGCAUCCCCGUGUCGACGGUCAGACCCAAGCCCUUGGAGAAGAGCCAGCUGAUCCACAACAACCUCGGCAGGGAUGUGUAUGUGUCCAUUGCUGAUUACCGUGGCGAUGAGGAGACAAUGGGUUUCACUGAGGGAACCUGUCUGGAGGUGUUGGAGAGAAACCCCAACGGAUGGUGGUACUGCCAGGUGCAGGACAGCCUGGUUCCCCGCAAAGGCUGGGUCCCCUCCAACUACCUGGAGCGGAAAAAAUAAAAGCAACCCUACACCCAUUCCCCACCCUUUCCCCCUUCCUGCCCCAUGUGGUGCCUCCAAAGGCUCGGGCAGCAUCACUUCUCGAGAAUGUUACCCGCAAUCUCCCUUAAGCAAUAUGUCCUUGAAAAUUUACAUAUAGUCAGACUGUGUGUAAAAAGAAAGAUGUUUUAAUCUGAUGAAGGAGGACACUUUUAGUGCUGGUUUACUAAAAUUUAUACGAGAGGAGCGUGAAGAUUUUAAAUAUUUUGCCUGCGAAGGAGAGACAGAAACAUGGAAUUGGCCACGUUUGAGCGGGAUGCUGUUCCUGAUGUGUAAAAUGGUGUAAUUGGGAGCGAUGACCUCUUUUAAAAGAGGUCUGCAUACGUCAUCCAGAAGCUGAGGAGGGUUGUGGCUGUCCUCAUCCUGCCCAUCACUGACUACGAUGGCCAAUAAGUGCCUUUUGUAUUUGAUCACCUGAACACAGGUCCUAAACGGUGGAUGGCAAACCGGUAAAUCAACCAAAUCUUUAUAGAGUGCCAUAGUCCUACGAACACCACCGUGAGUGUUUUCAUGACCAGUUCAGAGCUCGAAGGUCAAAGUUUUGAUCUGGACUGCUCUAAUUGGUCCGACGCACAGAUUAAAGAAAGCAAACAUGACUUAAGGACUCACGAGUCAUCAAAGAAAGACGAUAAUGAAAUCUCAUCAUCAUCUUCAGUUGGAUUGUUUCUGUUACAGUGUCUCGUGUUAAUACGAGUCUUCCUUAGAGAAGUAUUUCUGCUCUCUUGUGACAUCUGGUUUCCCCGACAGCCUCAGUUGGAAGCUCCUUGCUGACAUGACCCAGGCAGAUAAGCAGCUUCUGUAAAUUGGAAUCAUUUCUAUCAUCAAUCCCACAGGAAUAUUUUUCCUGGCUGUAGCCAACAAAUUUAUUUAAAAAAAAAUAAAAACAAACAAAAAAAUAAACCUGUGAAACUUGAAAAAUAGUCAGUUUCCUGGAAAAUGAAAGGAACAAUGAAACCUCAUAUGUGAUAACCUCAAAGUAAAAAAAAAAAUCACUUAACGAUGUUUUUAGCUCCAGGAAUAAAUGAUUGUGUAUAUUUUGUUUAUAUGCAUGUAAUAAUGCAGCUGUUGCAGCGAUAAAUUGCAUACUGGAAAUGUGGUGAAAUAAUUGAAUCCCAGGGAUUUAUCUGAACGGCGUAUUGGCCAAAAUGUGAUCAGACCAAAGAGGGAUGUCACUUCAUUGGCAGUUUCUGUGAUUUUACCGUUUAUUUAUGGUACAGAUGGUUUCACGUAUUCACCAAAAUGCCUAAAACGAGGUUUCUAAGCUCACCUUUUCUAUCAGUAUCUGGAAGCACUUGAUAUUUAAUGGAGCCAUUCAAAGUUAACAGUUAAUAUCAGAUAUUGCUGUGCAGUAUUGGGGUUUAAACAGAGGCUGGAAUAGAUAUUUUAUUAUUAGCAACCAUUUAAAAUAUCACAUUAGAAAUAAUCAAGAAGUCAAAUUUAAAAAUUCUACCGGCUGAUGUUCAAGACUGCUGAAAUACAUUUUCUAAUGAACACUAACGUCUCAUUAUGUUUCUGCUGGACAGUAUCAUAGUAACAAAGUGCAGCACCUGCUAGAUCGCAGUUAUCUAUUUGAACAAAAGCAAACUUGUUUCUGUGAUCGCACAGCGACAAUAACGAGGAGCGAAGUGUUUCUGCUUUGUGAGUUAGUGCACUUUAAGAACUGUUUUUAUGGUGCAUUAAUGCAAAGAUGCAGUAAAUACUCAGCAUAUUAUUUAUUCAAGAUUUUUUUGUAAUUAUUUAAUAAUGAGCUUCAAUCAAACAAGAGGAUGAAGCGUUCUUCUCACUGGCAGUUCAUUUGGUCGAAUUGGAGAAACAGAGCCCUCUUGUGGGAAUUAAAGGUACUGCGGCGCCAGCCUUCCUGCCUCAGUGCAGAAACUAAUGCACUGCUGGUCAGUGAGUCUCCCAAAAACUGUACAGGAAGUUCAGCUUUUAUAAAUCUUAGUGCAGCUAAAAAUGUUUUAUAGCAUAUUUGUUUCGUAUUGGGAAAUAAUUUAUUUUGGGGGAAAUUGUCUUUUUUUUUUUUCUCUAUGCUGUGUGCUGCAACUUUAGCAAAUCACGGGCACUUCCUUCAUCUUUAUUGUGCUUUACAUAAUGCCUGAUAAAAGCAUAUUUAUUAUGAAUAGUUUCAUAUAUUUUCACCAUUUGAAAAGCACCAUUUUCCCCCCAUUCUAACAGAGAGCAUCAUUUAUUUGACGAGCAUAAUAAACUCAGUGAUGUAUGGCCCUAUAACCCAAUAAUAGUUAGGAUGUUGACAGGCCCCAUCCUUUGAGACGAAGGCAUUAUGUAAAUGUGUCGAAUCACUUAACAUUUCGCUCCAGCACAUAUUAUUAUUGUUAUUAUUGCAUAUGGCUUUGUUUGAUUGAGCUGAACUUGUUCUGUGUCGAGUCUAAAUUUAGCCGUGUAGCAUCUUUAUUCAUGCUUUUACUUCGUUUUGGUUAUUAACUCUUUUUCUGAUCAAAUUCUGAAAUGCACCCGUGAGGAAAUGUGCAAUAGAUUAAAAAAAGGAAAAAAAUACAAGACAGAAACACUUCACGCUUCAGCGAAAGGAGAAAUCUCAGAGGUCUAACUGCGUGAACAAUGCCAUUAAGCCUGCUGGGAGUGGAUCUUCCUGGUCAAACUGCCGGUUAGCAUCAUCUCCAGCGUGUCAUGUUCAGAGAGCAGAUGUGAGGUCCUAACAGCACCCGAAGGUUCAUUGGACCAAAGCAGUGACGCCUCGUUACGUCUGAUGUGAUGAGCUAGCAGAGGACGCUCCUCCUGGCCCACAUCAGCGGUGGACAGUGAUUUGUGAAAGGCCGAAGUCCGCUGACCCGUCCUGUGGUGACAUUACAGCCAUCUGGGAUCUUCUUCACAGACGAGGAGUCGCGGGCCCAUCGUCGGGGGCCUCGGCGGCCCCUCUCAGCUGUCACGUUUGUGCCUGAAUGGAAUUCUUUGAUUGUUUCUGUGCUGUUGUUUUCUUCUGUUUGCUUUCCCUCUGGACCGUGUCCUCUCCCACCUACACGGAUGCCUCUUUUGACAUUUACCCCCACCGCUGUCAGACCGAGUCAGGCUUUUCCGUCAGCGAUCGCUGCAGCGAAGGUGACCUUUGGGACCGCCGGCUGGCAAAGCGACGUCGCCAUGAGAGUCUCUGCGGUAAACAAACCCCGGGAGAGGAGUGCUCCUUCAGGCCGUUUCACUUCAAUCCAUCAACUUCCAGCAUAAACACCAAAAAUAGAAAAUGCUCGUUUUUUCUCUUUGCUGCGGCUCAGCAGAGAGGAGAUGCUACAGGUGACUGCGUGAUUGUGCUGUUGUAAAGGCCAGGACACCGUGAGGGGCUGCUGCCCGUGAAUCCUUCACUUUAAAUCAUUUCUAGUUAAACUCCACUUUCAUGGAAAAAUGUGCAUUAUGGGAAAUCCCCUCAUUCACUUUGCUGCUGAGAGUUUAACGCAGAGGCUGAAACCACGACCGUGAAUCUGUCCGCGCUCACGGGACUGUUGGAGCUGUGCAGCGUGACGGGCGCUGCAGAGGUUCCCGCUGAUCGGGAACGUUACAGCUGGAAGCUCGUUCUGAACGGCGUGAGGAGCAGGAACAAUUUCACUGCAUCCACUUUCUGCACUGCUGCCCUCGCUCAUCGGUGGAGGUUUGUUUACGCCAUUUAAAAAAAAUGAGUUAGCUCGGCCAAUCAGGAAGCUCCGUGAAUGUACGUCACUUCCUUGUCACCUGGAAGCAGGAGGAGGAAGGCAUCAGCUGUCCAACAUGAAAACAUUGAUCCCUGUUAUGCAGCUGUGAUUUACUAGAAGGCAUCAAAGCUCACAGACACUUUGCUCCACGCUGCUAGCUUAAGUGCGAGGGCGUUGGCGACAUCAUCUUCCAGGUAACAAGGAAAUUACCUCUUUCACAGAGCCUCGUGAUUGGCAGAGCUGACUCCAAAUUUAGUUUCUGGUUUCCAGAAGUAUCCCUAAUUAAUAAUAAUAAAAAAAACAUAUUAAAGGAUUAGGUCACUUUGUAGGGGAGGGGGGUGUUAGCAGAGUAUGAAAACAUGUUUAUUUGGUAUAUUAUUUAAAUACAUUAUUAUUUAAAGUUUAAUACGUCUGAUCUAAUGAGGGUAAAUGAAGAAAAAAAAGUAAGCGUAAACAUUCAGAGAUUAACGUUUCUCAGUGGGUCAGAAACCUGCUGUAGGUCCACUUCCUGUUUCUCACUUCCUGUAAAGCAUGAAGGGAAACAGCGGCGCGCAGGCUGAGCGGUCUCACUCGUUCCAUUAACUUUCAGCAGCAAAGUGAAGAAACUUAUUUUAAUCUUUGAGUUUGAGUUUUGCUCUUUAAUCACAGCCUGGCAGCGUAGUUAUUGCCUUCCACCUGCACAGCUGGACAGGUGUGCCAGCAGUGUUCGUGCCGAUCGGGAGUCCUGCAGGAAAUGUGGGAGUUUUCCAUCAUCUUCCCGGAGAGACGGCUCCGCUUCUCUGUCCUAUUUUAACAAAUGGACGGGGCCUCUCGGGCGUGAAGCGCCGCCGGCUUUUUGUUUGUCGUGUUACCUCCAUCUCUCCUUCCUCGACACAGCCGGGCCGCUGACAUCAUAAAGAUACCUGAGAGGAGUCGUGUGUGUGUGUGUGUGUGUGUAGAUGGAUUGUUUGCAGGUGUGCUGGAGAAAAGAGAAGUUGGAGGUCAUGGUGUGGGUUUGCAGGAGCAGGAUGCAGGCACACAGAUCAGAGAUGAGGCGACAGCAGCUCCGCUUUGAUCGGAGGGAGAUGAAAAAUAAUGUCUUCCAACAGGAAGCCCAUUUUAUCAAACUCCCUCUAACCACCUUUCUAAAAGCUCGCACCUAACGAGCUCAGAGCUGCGACUGCUCAUUACAUCAAAUGUGUUUUAAUUGCACCACUUGAAGUUUCUGAAGCCGCUUCGAGAGAAACUGAAAGUCAGGGAGAGACAAAUGAGUUGCUGGUGCAGCAGCUUCUCUCAGCCUCCCUGAGAUCCCACCUCUGAUUUUAGCUCCUUUUGCUGCCGCUGCCUUCAGAUCUCAUGUAGCCCUGAGGGUGUGAGAGCUGAGCCACUGGUUGGAAAAAAGUUUUUUUUUUUUUUUUUAGAGUAAGACAAAAAGGGUUCAGAUGGUGGAUUCUUUGCCUAUCUUUGAAACAUUUCUUUGUCUUCUUGUGGUUUUGUUGAGGAAAAUAAUUGAAUGUUGCAAAAAGGGAGACGCAGGAUUUGAAGGGUUUGUUCCCGUCUAAUGAAACACCUUUAAGCUGUAAAUGAAAGACAUCAAAUGAGGGCUUCUGAAGUCAGAGCUGAACAGAGUGAUUGUGGAGGUAACGAAGGCGGCAGUUUGAUGGCAGGAGGGUAGGUUUGAUCGGGAAGUUUUAGUAAGUGAGUGGGAGCAGGUGAGAUCUAUUUACCGGGAUGCUUUUGUAGGUUUUUAAUUAAUGUCUAGUUUUUGUUUUGAGUGUGAGAAAGAGCCAGGGAUGCUGCGGGCUGUUUCUCGAGCAGCUGGGUGAAAUAAAAUGCUGUGAAUUAGGAAAUGCAGAUUAUUUAUGUCAUUCUGAAAACUUCCUCAUGCCGUCACGGUUGUUUGAGAUGCCAGCAGGCAUCAGUAGAAGCUGUCUCGGCGCUCCGGAGGAGGAGGAGGAGGCUGUGUCGAGGAACGAGCACGCCGCUGUGCCUCUGCGGCACUUUCUUCGUCUCUGUUUGAAUCCCCGUUUCUAAUUAGCACAACAGUGUGUCUUAAUUAACCUUAGCCAGUCUGACAAUAUUCCAGCGCUAAUAGCUUCCCAAUAAAGAACGCUGCGGCUGCCGCCUUCCUGUGCGGGAGCCUCCCAGCUGGUCCCGGCUCAGGCGGUGAGCUGUCAGAGGUGAUGGAUGCUGAGUGACAGCUGAAGUGGUUUCAUGGGAAAGGUGGCGCCUGUUCUUAAACUCAACGUUGCAUUUAUAGAAUAGGAUUUGUCACCAGCCUGCUGUGGAAAGCAGUGUGCCAAAAAAGAAAGCCCACGUCGAGCUCGUGAUCACUUAAUUCUGACAAAAACUGAUCUGUGACCAGCAAAUCAGCCACACUAACAACCACAGUAACACUGCAGGCCUCGAGCUGGACCAAAGGAGGUGCUGUUCUUUCAUUUUCUCUCAUGUUUUUAUGCUGCUGGUUUAAAUCUGAAGUGCGUGGCUUUUGUCUCCCCCUUCUGGCAGUGAGAGUCAUUGCCAGAAGGAGAACCUGCUGACAGACUUAAAGGUCAUUUUUGUCAUUGUCCUCUUCAAAAUGUAACUGAAUCUUUCACCACCAGGGGGCAGCAUUUUAACAGCAAGUGUGUUGAGAUGCUUUCAGGUGUGUGCUGCUCUUUAAUUGUUGGUAAUGACCUUUUAUUACUCUGUUCCUGUUAACUUACCUGGUCACAUAAGGGUUACACUGCACCACCCUGAGGUACAAAUUGGUAUUACACAUUCUAUCCAUUGCUUUGGCUAAUUUCAGGUUUUACAUUUAACCCCUUAACUGGCAGCAAAUAAAAUCACCUGAAACAACUACAUAACACCCUCUGGUUAUUAUUGGCUCUGAACAACCCAUUUCAUAGCCUAUUAAUCGGCUGCGUCUGGUCCGC